AACAUAAUCCUGCCUGGUGAGGAACUGCAGAAAAGGGCGAUUGGGGCAGGGGUGCCGGGGGCGGCGUACCCUGGGGUGCGGGAUCGCCUGCGAGAGCUGGGAAAGAGCCCGGAGAUGCAGGAGGAUGGAGUUUAGGAGGGACUCAGGGCACCUGAAGAGCAGACGGGUUGAAGCAGUGGCCUGGUGUCUUAGCCCCAGUCCUCUUGGGAAGCACCCCACUGUCUCUCGGGGAGAGCUCAGCUGGUGGGAGAUGCACCGACUGGAGCCUGGGGAGCUGCCCCGGAGCGGGGCUCGGCCACUGCCACCCUCUCUGGCGGCCGAGGGGAAAGGGCUGUGCUGGGGCCACGCACAGCAUCUACUCUGGUGUGGGAGCAAAGAGCAGAAGUGCUCCCCUCUCUGCCCCUAGUGCACGGGCAGAACAUUUUCUCCCUGGAGCACCUUCUCCUCCCGCGAGCUGAAGGUGAGGCCGCCUGCUGGAAAGCCCCAGAGCCCCCCGGGUCUGCUCCCCUCAGCACCUCCAGCAGAACCUCCUGAUCAUGCUAAGGCCUUGGCUCACGAGGAGAAGCUCAGUCUCCCCUUUCCUGGCAGCAGAGAGCUUCAUGCUUUCUGUGUGCUUGGCACUCCAGGCCACAGGCUCCCUGAACGCUGGGCUUCCCAAGUGCUGGGCUCCCUGCCCAGAGCAGCUCAGCCCGCAGAGGCAGGACCACAGUCCCGUGCCCACCUCUGCCAGAGCCAUCUGCAAUUUGAGCCCAGCCAAGAGGUCCCACUGCUGGAAAAGGGACUGCAAGGGGUCUUGCAAGCCCAGCAGCUGCCAUGCUACCUGGAGUGCAUCGGGGCAGUAACGAGGGGAGAGGAGCUGGGGAGAGUGUGUGGCCUGCAUUAGGAAAAGCCAGUGGCACUAUCUGGCCCUGCGUAGUGUUCAGAAGGGAUCAGGCUAUUUGGAAAAACAGUUGGAAAACUGCACUCGCUUUCCCUUGUGAAUGCAUUAGGAUGAGCCAUGACUGAAGAUCUCAGCAGACUUUUGCCUGGAAGAUGUGAUGUGCCAGGCAGAGCCUGGGAGCAGAUCCAGUAGCUGUAGCUGGUCUGCCCUCAGAGUGCCCUUUCUCACAUCCCUCUGCACACAUGGGCAGGGCCCCACAGCACCCAGAGGGAGCAGACGGUGUCCAUGCCUGGAAAGGAGGCAGGGGUGAGCAUGGCAGCUAGGGCUGUCUGCCCUGGGGGCUUGAAGGCCUUGUCUGAAGGGUCAGAGCAGAAGGCACUGGGCUAGGAAGUAGGUGCAAGGAGCACAGGGAAAUGCUCUGCAGCCAAGUAUGGAAGAAGUUUGCAGAGAACCUGAAACCAGAGAGAUGCUGUGAAUAUGUGCAGAUGUCAGAGGUGCUGCCUUAUAAGAGGUGCUGCCCUUUAAGAGCUGCUGCAGAAAGCAGGACAGCUGUGUCUGUAACUCAACUCAGCUCCAGCUUUGUCAUCUAUAACCAGCCCAUCUGGGCUGAGCUCUUGUCCUCUUUGAAGGCAGGUGGGUGGGAGCAGAGCUGAGCCAAGCUGUGCUCGGCAGGAUGGCAGGAUGGCUCUCAGCCCGGCUGGGUGAGGGGGAACGCAGAUCUCACCCUUGUGACUGUGCCCUUAGCCAGCCAGUCUGUGUAAUUCCCUGUGACAGUUCAAUGCAGAGCGAAGCCAGCAGCUUGGCAGCGGAUGCAUGAAAGGUGAGUGCACUGGAGCCUUAAUAAUGUGGGAUGCUGCUCUCUCUGGCACACUGCCCGGGGAGCCUGGGGGCAGGGAGCAAACACUGACCCCAGGUUCUUCCCUUCAUUGAUGUCCUCUUGGGCCUGCAGUUCACCCUGUCCUCUAGAGGCCAGUCCUGCCAAGCACAUCAAGCCCAUUGUAGAGCCAGGGCAGGUGCGAUUUAUUUUCUGGCUGGCUGCUGCCGCGCAGAUAUGGGUGGCAUCCUAGAGGACUUUGGUGGAGCAGGGAAGGGGAUGCUAGCUCUGCACAUAUGCACAAGCUGGGACGCCAGUGUUGCCAGCAGCAUCCCACAGAGUCUCAUGGUGGCAGCUGGAGGGGAGCUGUCACCUGUUCCAAGGCCACCAGGGCAGGGGGUUGAGGGCAGGGUCCCAGGAGUCAAACCCUAAAGUGUGUGCACCCUUGUCCCCAACAUGCUCCCAAGUGCAUGCACACCUGUGCACCCCCCUGCAUGCAUAGGUGGCACCAGCAGUGGGCUCAGCACUCCCACUCCAUCCCUCCAACAAGCUCCCACACUGCUUUUUUUGGUGUUCAAUCCAUUGGUUUAACUCUCAGACCCUGCCUGGCAGCAAGUUUGUUUUUCCCAGGCUUUUUUCUUUUCCCCCUGGCAUCCUCUGGAACUGGAGAAAGGUAUUAUGGGAGCUGUGCCCCCUGGCCCUGGACAGCCUGCUGGGUGCUCAAUAAAGAAUCCACAGGCACCCAACUUUGGGACCUUCCCCAGCUGCUGUGUGGAGUGUGGGAGUCCCCAUGGAGAGCAUUUCAACCACACAUAGGGCAAUGAGGGGGCUGCAAGGAUGGGAACAAUCUUUCAGCCCUCUAACUCGCUGGUGGGAGGCACUUACUGAGCUACACAAUUAACCUUCCUGUUGCAAUUAAUGCACAUAUUCUAAUGGGUGGCAAUGAGCAGGGCACAGGGGUGUUCACACACACGUGGGGGGGGGGGGUGCAAUGGAGGCAGCUGCUGUCUUACCCCCGCGCAGGCUGCCCACAGCCCACUAUGCCCUCUGCUCGACACCACAUUGCACCCCAACCUCCCACCCAUCUCACCCUCUUCCUCCUUCCCAGGCAGGAUGCAGGUUCGAGGCCUCCUCCUCCUCCUGGUACUGAUCCUGCUGGCUGCCACCACUGAGGCUGGCAAAACCAAGAAAGAGAAAGCAAAGAAGGAUGGCUCCAAGUGUGAGGAUUGGCGCUGGGGACCUUGUGUUCCCAACAGUAAGGACUGUGGUCUGGGCUACCGUGAGGGAACUUGCAAAGAUGAGAGCAAGAAGCUCAAGUGCAAGAUCCCCUGCAACUGGAAGAAGAAAUUUGGAGCUCUGAUGCCUGUCCCCUCUCAUCCAGCUGACUGCAAGUACAAGUUUGAGAGCUGGGGAGGGUGUAGUGCUCAGACAGGCUUGAAGACUCGCUCAGGCAUCCUGAAGAAAGCCCUGUACAAUGCCCAGUGUGAGGAGAUCGUCUCUGUGACCAAGCCCUGCUCUUCCAAGAUCAAGUCAAAGUCCAAAGCAAAGAAAGGCAAGGGGAAGGACUAGAACAGGAAGCCAUCAUCUUCAUCGGCCCCUAAACAUCGUGCCUACAGGACUGGAUGCCCAGCUGCAGCUGGCCCAUGCUACAGUCUUCCUUCUCCUCUCCUUCCUCCUUUCCAUGACCUCCUGUUUCGCUGAGAUGCCUUGUUUUAAUCAUUAGUGUUGUAGAGAGCAAACCCAUCCACCCACCCUGCAGGAGAGGCUGCUUCCGUCCUUGCUACCCCACUGCCACUGCCAAUGCCUCUCACUCAUCUUCUCUCAGCUCACGUUGGGGUUCACUGGGAUGCACCCAGAGAGCUGGGAUGGGAACACAUAUUUUUCCACCCUCCAGCACAAAUGAGUUGCCUUUAGCACAUCCUUUGGCAAGUCCAGGAGUCUUAUUGUUCCUCCACCAGCUACCGGUGACAGAGGGAAGGGGUGGGUGUUGAAUGCCAAAGUAACUCCAUUACUCCUGCCCCUUACUCACUUGAGGACUGCUCUCAGCUGAGGAGGCUUAUUCUAGCAUCCCUUUGGCUAGGGCACAAAUUACCUGCAGCUGAGGUAAACACAACCAUCACCCCCAGGAACCACUGUGUCUCCUCUCCUCUAUCCCUUCUAACCAUGUGUGUUCACACUAGGGCUGCAACCCUUCUGCCUUUGCCACACCAACACUGGUGCUGGGUGGGAGCUCUCACUCCUUCUGGAAAUGGGGUUUGUUUUCUUUUCCAAUAAAAAUCUU